AUGGAAAAGACAGUUAGAGAAAACCCUAGUAUGAAGGUCAUGGACAUUCGUGACAAGGUCAGUAGGAAAUGGAAUGUAGGUAUCUCUAGAAAUAUGGCUUUUCGGGCUAGAGCUAUUGCUAGAGAUCACGUGGAUGGGUCUUUUUCAGAACAGUUUAGGAGAAUAUAUGAUUAUGCACAUGAACUGUUGAGAACCAAUCCAGGUUCUACUGUAAAGCUUAAUGUUGAGAACACAGAAGGUGAAGUUAUAUUUAAGAGAUUCUAUGCAUGCUUGAAGGCAUGCAAAGAUAGUUUCACGUGCUGUAGACCUUUCAUUGGAUUGGAUGGCUGCUUUCUCAAAGGAAGGUAUGGUGGCGAGUUACUAAUAGCAAUUGAAGAGAUGGGUCUUCUCCCAGCUAUGCAAGAACUUCUUCCUGGAGUGGACCAGAGAUUUUGUGUUAGGCAUUUGUAUGCUAAUUUCAGAAAGCAAUUCCCCGGAAAAAAUAUUAAACGUCUCAUGUGGAAGGCUGCAGGAGCAACACAUCCACAGGCUUGGGAGAAGAUAAUGAGGGACCUUAAAGAGGUCAAUGAAGAGGCAUUCAAACACUUGAUUGGUAUUCCUCCAAGGUAUUGGUCCAGAUCUAGAUUCAUUGUAAGAGCUCAGUGUGACACCUUGGUUAAUAAUAUGUGCGAGGUAUUCAACAAUGUGCUAGUGAAGACUCGAACAAAGCCAAUAAUAAGUAUGCUGGAGGACAUUUGUGUUUAUAUCAUGAAGAGAUGGGCCAAAAACAGAUCUAAGGUGCAGUCUUUUAAAGGUUCAGUGUGUCCCAGAAUUCUUGACAAGCUUAAGAAGGAAUCAAGCUUAACAAGGCACUGGAUACCAAGAUGGUCAGCAGAGAAGUUGUUUGAAGUGAGGCAUGCUUCAAAUCUAGGGGAACAAUUUGUGGUUAAUAUUGACAAGAUGGAGUGCAGCUGCAGGAAAUGGAGCAUCACUGGACUUCCUUGUUGCCACGCAAUUUCUGCCAUGAAAUUUUUGAAUCUGAAAGGAGAAGAUUUUAUAGCCAAUUGGUUCAGGAAAUCCACGUAUAAGGAGACGUAUAACUCAGUAGUUUACCCAAUUAAUUGUCAACAGUUGUGGGAAGUUACAACAUAUCCUGAUGUCCUGUCACCAAUCAAAAGAAUUAUGCCCGGAAGACCUAAAAAGAAAAGAAGAUUGGAACCUUGGGAGCUGAAAAAGGAUGAGACCGCAUUACGAAAAGGAGGAGUUCGCAAAAGGUGUGCUGUGUGCAGGGAAAUUGGUCAUAAUAAAACUGCUUGUCCUAAAAAACCACCGCCACCACCAGAAGCAGCAGGACCAUCACAGCAAACUGGCCCACCAGCACCAUCAGGCCCAUCACAGCAAACUGGCCCACCAGCACCAUCAGGCCCAUGA